GAAUUUUCAGUUUUAGCGAGACGAUUGCAUAAAUUAGAAGGAUUUCUGCUGGCACCAGCUGGUGAUAAGCGCUCAAGACGUCGAACUGUUACACGAAACAGACUUAUCAAUAAGCUAUGAAUGAGGCGUUUUGCGAUCUUUAACCCUCUUUGAGAAAUGCAUUUAAAAUGCACCAUGCUUCAAGACUGCCAGCAUUCGCGAUUGCUUGUCUGGAAAAAACACCGAAACAGCUCCGCGCCUCCCCAGUGUGUUAUACAAAAGAAUUAUUAAAAAAAAGAUUUUCCACAGAAGGAAACCUAUCCAAUGCAUACAAGCAAAUGACGCGAAUCUGAAGACAAUUGAGCAACACACGCUUAACACAGGCCAAGAAAAUGCUGCUAGACUAAUUGGCAUUUCAAAAUUUACGCAUUGUGGACAUUUGUUGACUGUUUCAUUUGUUAAGUGCCAUUUGGGAAAGGAAAUAUUCAGACUUUCAAGGUAGAAUGUAUGAAUAACUGUAGACCAGGAGCUGGUUAAUCCCCAUUCUUAAAGAAAUUCUGUAAACCAAAAAGUGAUUUACUUCAAAGGAGGAACACAAAGGGAAAGGCAAAGGAAACAAAAGACAUUGCUCACUAAAGAAGAGUAAGUCUAUUCAGCAUUAACUGUUUUGCUGUAUUGCUGGGCAUAGACAGUUCCAGAUAUCAGCUUCCAGAAAAUCAAUCCACAGUUAAACAAACUGCAAAUGGAUAACUCCACCUAUUCUAAUUCCUCUGGUGGAAAUGUGACAAGUCUUAACCUUCAGGACAGUCCCUACAAGACAGUGGAGGUUGUAUUUAUUGUUCUUGUUGCUGGAUCACUGAGCCUGGUCACAGUAAUUGGUAACAUUCUGGUCAUGGUUUCCAUUAAGGUCAAUAGGAACCUACAGACAGUAAAUAAUUACUUUCUUUUCAGUUUGGCAUGUGCAGACCUAAUUAUCGGUGUUUGCUCCAUGAACUUGUAUACAGUUUACACUGUCAUCGGAUACUGGCCUUUGGGACCUGUUGUUUGUGACCUGUGGCUUGCCUUGGAUUAUGUCGUCAGCAAUGCUUCUGUAAUGAAUCUGCUAAUUAUCAGCUUUGACCGAUACUUCUGUGUCACCAAACCACUUAGCUAUCCAGUUAAGCGGACCACCAAAAUGGCUGGCAUGAUGAUUGCAGCUGCUUGGGUCUUGUCAUUUAUCCUGUGGGCACCAGCAAUCCUGUUUUGGCAGUUCAUAGUGGGAGGCCGGACUGUGCCUGAAAAGGAGUGCUACAUCCAAUUUUUUUCCAAUGCAGCUGUUACCUUUGGGACUGCAAUAGCAGCAUUUUACUUGCCAGUUAUCAUUAUGAUGGUCCUUUAUUGGCAGAUCUCUAGGGCAAGUAAGAGUCGCAUCAAAAAGGAUCACAGGAAACCUUCUUCCAAUCAGGACCCCAUUUCUCCCAGUCUAGUAAGAGGCCAGAUUGUAAAACCAGACAACAAUAAUGUGAGUGCUGAAGAAGAAGAACAAGGUUCAAAUCUGAAUCAGAACCAGCACCUCUUAAGUCAGCAUCAGAACAAGUUACAGAAUGGCAAAGCCCCAUCUUCGGCUGAAGGAGAAAGUGGUAAUAAAAGUAUGCAAAACUGUUCUCAGAAUGAGGAAAAGGAGAGCUCAAAUGACUCUACUUCUCUCAGUGUUGUUCCUACUAAUGCAAAAGAUGAAGAGAUGGUAGUUGAUCUCAAAGAAACAUCCUGCGUUCCAAGUCAGCAACCUACACGACACAGAGCAAAGGCAGAAGGCUCAAAGCUCACUUGUAUUAAAAUUGUUACCAAAUCUCCAAAAGGAGACUGUUGUCCAACUAAUACCACAAUAGAGAUUGUCCCUGGAGCAGAGAAACAAAAUUUAGUAGCUCGUAAGAUUGUGAAAAUAACUAAGCAACCCCCGAAGAAAAAAAAGAAUCCCCCAUCCAGGGAGAAAAAAGUAACAAGGACCAUACUUGCUAUUUUGUUAGCAUUUAUUGUAACCUGGACACCCUACAAUGUGAUGGUGCUUAUCAACACCUUCUGUUCUAGUUGUGUACCCAACACCGUUUGGACCAUUGGCUACUGGUUGUGUUACAUCAAUAGCACCAUUAAUCCAGCCUGCUAUGCCCUGUGUAAUGCAACAUUUAAAAAGACCUUUAAACAUCUCCUACUCUGCCAGUAUAAGAACAUCGGAGCUGCCAGAUAGGAAUUUAGCAUAUUUUGAUGAUUUUUUUUAAUAAAAAGUAACUGUCUAGCACUUUAUACUGAUACAAAGAACAGAAAUUGUUAUAAUAAGGAAAAUAUAUUCUCUGCUAUUUAAGGCAAUUUAAAGUAUUCACAAGCAAAAUGAAAACUGGAACCAUGUGUUUUACAGAUAAUUUAUAUUAAUGAAAAUAAGGAUGAUACAAAUUUAUCUUUAAGAUUACAUCUAAACAGUCAAAAUUGUUUUAAAACCUGCUAAUCAUCUUGGGACUUCACACUGACUCUUACCAAGUAUUAAUACAUAAGAAUAUCUAGUAAGAUGAAACUCAUUAUCUAAUGAUUGAAUAGAAAAAAAUUUGACUUUUUCCUCACAUAGUUCAGAAAAAGAUCAUGUAAACAUUGGGAAAAUUUUUUUCAGAAUAUAUAAAAUAAAAAAUGCUUGCGCACACACACACACUCACUCUAAAAUGUAAUAUUCACAGAAUGCUCAAAUUUAAAUAUUUACACUACAUAAAAAUUAGACACAUACUAAAAGGAAUUAUUACAUUUGAUGGGUAUCAAUGAAUACAUAGGUGUACUGUACAUACAAAUAUAUAACCAUCUGGUGUAUACUAAUUAAUAAUACAUAAAACAAGAAUCUUGUAAUAUACCUAAAUACAUGCAGUAAAUAAGCAAGCAGUCAGAAUUGAUACAGCAAAACAAAAUUCCCUUUAAUGCUGUCUUUCCUUUUAAGGCAAGUAAAUAAUUAAAAGUACUUUAAAUGUUUUUAGUACACUUACAGUAUAUUGAAUUACAGUAUGAAAAAAAUAUUAAUAAUACAGAAACCUAUAACUCCAAAUUCCCAAGUUCCAGUCCUUGAAACAAACCAAGUAAGUGGAUAAGAUUAGGUAAAUUUUAUGAGUAUUUUCUGUAAAAUUAAGCUUAAGAUAGUGCACCCAGAUGGAACCAAUAGCAGGUGCAUAUUUUUAAUGGAUCUUUAUUACAACAGUCUUGCUUAUUUUUCACAAGUUUAAGUAUCAAUCAAAAAGGGACAAUAGGGCUAAUAGAUUAUCUAUCUAUCUAUCUAUCUAUCUAUCUAUCUAUCUAUCUAUCUAUCUAUCUAUCUAUCCUUCCUAGUAUGUAAGCAUAUACAAGUUAUUAUUUAUUGUGAAGGAUUAUUUAUCGUGGAGUGAACAAAGAAAUACGAAGCAUAUUAUGUGAAACGUUUUACAUCCUUAUGUAUACACAGUUUCCUCCUGCACCAAGUAAACAUUACGCUUGGUAUGUAUGCCUACCUAGUAAACCGAACUAAUCUUAAUGGUGGAAAAUGAAGUAACUGGUAAUAUGAAAGCUUAAAUGUGUUGCCAUAUGAUAUUUUUUGGAGCAGGAGUUUUGAGGUGCUGCACAAUUUUCAAACUUCACCGUUAAUCUGGUCACCUGAACACCUGUUAGGGUGGUAAACCUACAAAGAAGGAAACUAUUGAGGAUGUAUCCAGGUGUAUCUUAUUUGUACCUGGAUAUUGUGAACAAGGAGAAAAAAUCAUCAAUAAUCAAUUUAUUUUUCAAAGUUAUUAUGAACAUAAACAUUUGCUGCUUGCAUAUUUAAACCGUUGUUAGGUCAAGGCUGCUACUUCACCAUUAUUCAAUCUCUCUCUAUCUUGCUGUCAGUUUAGAUUUUUUUUAAUCUUAGUUUUCUGAUUAUUACCUACUAAUUUCUAGCUUACUGAUAUUCUCACCAGUUUCUACAUAAUAGUUUUAGUUUUUUGAAAACAAAUCUUCCCAAUACUUGUAAAAAAAUGUAUAAAAGUUGUAAAGAGAAUUUGCUUCCUGCAGCUUUGAAUAUCUUUAAAUAGUAAUCCUACAAUCUGAAAUAAAUGUACAAUUCAAAAAAUGAACAUCAACCAAAUGUAAUUUACAGUUCACAUUUCCUUUUAUCGUUCUUUUACUAAUAAUAAAAGUUACCAUUUUACUUUUAAAAUUCAGAAAUAUCAAUUUUGAUCAGGACUACAAAUAUUGUGACACUGGCAGUCAUUUACAGUGAAUACCACGUGCUUAUUGGAAUUUCAGUUUUUUGUGAUGUAAUGGCUGAAAUCAGCUUGACUCAUGGCAGUCCUUUUUCACCUUCAAACAUUUUAAAUUCAAUAAUAUUUAAAUGAGCAAGAAUUGGAUCAUGUGAACACUCUUUAUAAUCAUGAUUAGAAUUGUGUUCAAAUUUAACCAGUCACGGAUGCCAGUAAUUUGCCUUUCCCAGACAUCAACUGAAGUGAUUCAUAGAUAGAUAGAUAGAUAGAUAGAUAGAUAGAUAGAUAGAUCGAUCAAUACUUUAUUAUUAGUCCUGAAUAAAAUAAACUGUUACUGUAGAAUUUGUGGGCUUGCAUUAUGCAGUGAUGUCUGUGGUUACAGGGUGCUAAGCAAAGAUUCACAGGAUUUUACUGAUGAAAUGUAAAGAUCAGGAGAGGUAUUAAAAGAAUAAUUCAAAGGCACUACAUGUAUCAGGGAAAAUUAAAAACAUCAUCAUUAAGUAACAGAGGAAAAAAUUAUACCACAAGGACAUUACAAAUAUCAGAAUAUACUUUAAAGUUGUUAAACCAGAUGAAAUGAAAGCUCAUCCUGGAGUCCACAGAUGGGCCAUUAGUACGUUUAAAAAGAUCAUGAAUUCUAUGACAUUAAGUGACCACAACCUAUAUAUUAUAACCAUUUAGUGUAUUCUCUAUAAUUCUCAGCUGUAGUGUGGAAACAAGUUAUCACCAAAAAAAGCAAAACCCUUUUAAAAUUUCCAAGAAAACACACCAAGUUUAUUAAACUCGCAGGAAACCUAUUUUCUUGACAGAGACACUAAAGAGCACAUGGCUUUAAGGUUGUAGCAUCCUUUUAUUUGUCUGUUUCUCAUCAACAGGGAAAGGGGCUGUAUUCAGGAUAAAGAAGUGAAAAUUAAUUACUAUUAAUAUCAUGAUAUUUUGGUGCAUACAUGGUGCCCUCAACCAGAAAGCAAAAGUGAAACAGGCAGUCAUGACAAUAAUCUGAAGUGCUCUUUUAACAUAAAAAUCUACUGACUUUGGUGAUCAAUAAAGUUCAGACUUUACAUCAACAAAAUCUGAGGUUUCAAUAAAGGUGUGCAGAUUUUUGAUACACACUCUACACAUUUAUGUAUAUUGCUUUACUAUCACUUAAAAAUUGUUAAUAAAUUAUAUGCUUAUCAUGUAACUUUGUAGCAAUCUUUGGUUUUGGCCCAAAAAUGUUACUUUACUCUCUGAAAGGUAACUUCUAUUCUGUUUUCAAAAUAUUUUUACAGUCAAUUUGUGUGCAUUAAUUUGCAGUAUAAGUGAUUUAAAUAUGCUAGGAAGCAGAAUUUACCCACAAUUUUUCUUUUUAUACACCCAGAAAACCCUAGCAGGUUGCUUCCAGUCAUUAGUAUCUAUUUUCAUCCAUUACAAAUCACCAAUAUGUUACUUGACGGUUUACUUAAUUGCUACUUGCUCUUCAAGUAGUUUUGACAUUUCACCCUGAAAAAAACAGUAAAAGUUGGCUUAUGGUUUUCCAAAAGUGCAACUUACAAUUUGUCAGAAUACUAGUAGAAUGGCACAAAUGCAACUACUUUAUUUUUCUUAAACAGUAUUUCAGUCUUAUGAGCCCUAACUAAUAGAAACAUGUUUUCACAGCACCAGAAGACACAAGCAUAUUUAAGAAUUUUUCUAUAUUUCAGUUAUAGCAAUCUUUUUUAAAUAUUUUUUUUUUAAAUUAGCUGUAGAAUGACCAUAGCUUUAAUGAAUAUUAAAAUCUUAUAAAGUUAAAAAAGGAGUACCCAAAAAGCAAUAUAUCUUUAAAAUGGUGGGUAGUCCAUCCAAGCAAACCUAAGUCUUUUUCUGUGUUUUUGGUUUAUUGCAUCCUUUUUUCAUAACCAGUCUAGGAGUUCUGCACUUGUUCCCAUAGUUCAUUAUGAAAUAAAUUGGAGUGCCAGUACACAUUUGCUGAAUGGAGGUGAGAGAAUUGCAGGCCUUUUGUGCAUUGGGAUAUCCAGAAGAAAAGCAUUCUGUAUGCUUGGUUUAGGAGUAUUUACUCCUAAAACAAGCGGAGAGUGGUGUGAUUUACUUCUUUCUUGAUAUUUCCCCUUUGAAAAUCCAAUUCUUUUAGAAGAAACAAAGUAAUUUCAAAGUUUGACAACUAAUUGUUACUGAUGUCAGGUAUAUUGCAAAAAGCAAAUCAGAAUUGGAUGGUGCACACUGUAUACAGGUAAUUCAUCUCUAUUAAUGAACCUCUGUUCACCAUUUAAAUGUCCUCAUAAGAAAUAUCACAUUUUAGCAGCUGCAGUUGGAUUUUAUUGUUAUUAUGUCCAUUUUUAGGUUGAGCAAAUGGAAAAGUUAGAGAACAAAGCGCAUACAAAGUUUAUGCAAAGUUUAUGGUAACUAUACAUAAGGCGCUGUUGAGCAAAAUAUGCAAAACUCUUGUUAGAAGUUUAUACAUUUUGUUAGGCAUUUUAGGCUACUUGCAUGAGUCAACAUGGCUACAACUGAGAACCUCAGCAUUAUAGACGAUGUGUAUCUGGCAGACACUUCUCAGAUAAGGGUUAAAAGGUAAAUAAUACAGUUUAUGAUGAAAAAACAUUCCAAAGAUGAUUUCAGACUAAGGAGAAAAAGAAUAAUCUUAUUAAAAACAGCAGUUGGCAAAUGUGCGUAUUCAAAGUUUUGCUGCACAGGCAUUAAUCCAUAUGGCACUCCAAAAACAAAAGAGAAUCUAUGGACUUCACACCAGAUGUAUAGAGUGCAGCUUGGGCUAAUGCCACUCUGUGAUAUCAAAGUCAUCAGAAGCAAAAUCUACAGGAAUGGAUAACAGCUGGGUCGUGCAAUCAAUACCUUGCAGCAAAGACGUUUGAUGUGAUGUGGAGAACCAUUUUUCAUCAUGUUCUGGAGGAGUGGAUAUCUGACAGUUUGGCCAGACUCCAAGGCAGUGUAUGCACAUUUGAUUUUUGCUUCAGCAGUUACUGUUUUGAGAUUGGAAUCAUUUUUACAGUAUGGACUAAAUCUGUAAAUUCCAUUAGAAUGCCAAGCAGAAACAAUGUGCUUUGUUACCUUUCUAUGAAAAAUGUUGUGCUCUUUGAUUAAACAGUUUCUUCCUGUCUGCUUGGUGGCAAGUCUUCCAAGACAACAGAGCUCUAAAUCUCAGGGCAUGUUGAUCACAAGUAUUAAAUGGAAUAAGAAAACAAUGCUAAACAGCUUCAAUAGUCUUCCUAAUCAAUAGACCUUAAUCCAGCAGUUCAUUUAUGGAUUUUGCUGGUAAAACAGGAGUAACUGCAUUAAAAUAAAGUACUUUAGUUGAAUUACCUGUGGAUUAAUGAAGCAAGAUUCCAGGAGAACAGAAUUCCUGCAUAUGAAUAUCUGAUAAUCAUUUAUUUUGAUCAUUUCCAUUGCUAUCUAUAUGUAUGUCAGAUAUGUUGGUACAGUAUUCUAUACACCACCAAGAAGAUUCAAUUGGAAUCCAGAAUCUGUUCUGGAAAGAUUCAUUAGUGAAGAAAAUCUGAAAUAUAACAUAUAGAAGGAGGCAUAAUGAAACUCUCUCAAUAGCAUUGAUUCACACAGUAAAUAUAUUGUGUCUUCGAGUGAAUGCACAGCAAUAUAUGAACAGUGUUUUACACAGUAGGUUCAUUCACCAUUUUGCUCAAGUCAAAUAUUCAAAAAUUUAAAAAAACAUUUUAUUUCCAUGAAAAAUGUAGGCUGGUUUCUGUAAAAGGAAAAUCACUUGUGUCAGAAAAUCUAUUUGAAUUUAAGUUUUGGAGCUAAGAAAUCCUUGCUAACAUAGCUGUUAAGAUUCUACAAACAAUAUAUGCACGAUUAUCAGAACAAGAACUUUUCAUUUGUCUGUUUUGCAAUAUACUGAUGAAAAGUUUGUCAUAUGAAUGCAGACAGAUAUUCAUAGAGAUACAAUCAGCUCGUUACAUUUUUGAGUGAAAUAUUUCUGUAAAGGUAUAACAUAACUCCAAAUUUCCCAUGUGCAUUUUUUCAUUCAAAGUAUAUGAAUGUUGUUCAUUUAUUCACUUGCACAUGAUUCUGUGCUACGUCCAAUUUCAGCAAUUGAACUGCUACGUGCAAAGGUUUUGCCAUUCUAUUUACUGUGCUAAGCUGAGAGAGACUUCUUCAGUUCAUACAGUAUCCUAUUAAAUAUACAGAGCUUCAGUUUAAAAUAAAACAAAACGUAAGCAAACUGGAAAAUGCCACUUUCUCUCAUUUUAUUUAACUAUUAACUUACAGCUUAAAGCAUGCAAGAAUAUGAAACAUAAACAGACUGCUCAUCAGGUUACAUACCCUGGUCAAACUACGUAUUAAAGUGGAUUGACUGCUAUCAGAUUAACCCUUACUCUAAAUAGCACAUAGCCAUCUGGAUAGAGUGCAAGUUUAUCUUGAAGCAUAGACUUUUUUUUUUUUCAAUUUCUUUAUAAAGCUAUAAUACGUUCCCACUGGACAAACACAUUUACACAUGCAAUUAGGUUGCAAUAAAAUAAAAUGUGAAAUUAUAUAGGUAUUUAGUCACUAAAUGUGUUUGAGGUUCUUGUUGUUUCUAAGUUUUUAUUGAAGAAAAAACUUCACUAGAUUACAUGGUCCACAUUGCAUGAAAAUCAGUGAACAUAAAUGGUGACGUGACUUAGGAAACUUAUCAAAUCCUUUGCAAAUAAGCAAUUUAGUAAUUCAGAAUGGAAUGCAAGUGAUAGAAGCAACUAUGACACACUACACAUUGCACAACUGCUCCACUACAGACAGGGUGGAUCUGAUUUCAAGUGCUAUUUCCAAGUUUACCACACUAGCUCAUGCACAUCAGUGGACUUGAGACAAUGUUGUUCCAUAACAGUCAUGUCAUUACUCUGUUGAUAAAUAUGCAUAGGCAUGCAGGUCAAACAAUCAGUGAUGUAUCAGAAAACGGUCAAGCUGGCCCUAAAAAGCAGCAGAGUAAUGUUGCUGCACACCAUGAAAGCCAGUCUUGGCAGUUGUUGUCAGGAUUGCACUGGUCUUUGCAUUAUUUCAACCAGUAGCGACGCAGUUAGGACAUACUUUGUUCUCAAGGCCAUAAAUUUAGUCCCAACUCAAGUCAUUUGUCCAUCAUGUAAGACACUGCAAUGCAAGACAUGUAUAGUACCAUAACUCUGUAGGUGGUAGAAAUACUUGCUACUGUGGCACCAUGUUGUAAAAUCCACCCUCUCCACUACUCCUCCUAUGGCAGUGUUUCUCUGAACCUCCCAUAUCUUUAUUAAGAAUGUGAGGGACACAAAGGGAUAAAUAAUUAGCAGUUUUUACUUCAUUUGACUUGAUGUUUAUGUUGUCAGCCCCAAACUCAAUGUAGUCUGUUGUAUUUUGUCAUAUAUUUUUAAAAAAGACAGUAUUAUUACUUAACUAACAAAUAUAACCUGUCUAUGUGUAACAAUAUAAAUAUUCAACAAAAUAUUUUUCUAAACUUGGUGGAUAGUGGAGCGAAAUAAAUGGUGUUAAAUAUUGCUCUACAUAUCAAAGUCUUUGUUUUGUUGUAAUAUGUAUUAAACUUCCUACAAAGACUGUCAUAAAUGAGGAUGCAGGUAAAUAAUAUACAUUUUGUAUAAAUGCUUGUUACACUCAAUUUCAUCUUAAAGGAAUUACAUAUAUUUAUAUAUCAUUUCAUUGAAAACACAUCACUUUUACUUGUAAAUAUUUAAUCUAAUUGUAUGACUUUUAUUUCUUAAAAUUUAAUGUAAUGCAUUCACCAAGUUGCCUCUUUAAGGGGACAGGGGCUAGCGGUAUCUAUAUCAUAACUGCUUUAGUUCUAAGAUCUACUGGACUCAAAAAUGGUAUAUUUCAUCCAAAUUUGGAACAACAUUUCUUUCUGUUGCUAUUCUAAAAUUGCAUCAUAUAAGCUUUACAUUUUCAUUAGUAAAAUGAAAAAAAUAUUUGUGAUUGUGCAAUUUCACAGUUUGCACUUAACUCAGUAGAUCAAAAUGUUUUUGAUUAGUGUUUUUACCAACACCCUACUUCAGAUGUUUGCAAUAUAGUUGCAAAUAAAUUCCCAAAAGAAAGCACACCACUUAGUUUGUAAUAUAAUGUAAAUGUCUGUGUAACCUUUUUCCUAGUUAGAUUUAAAAACU